GGAAACUUUGUAUGUCUCUAGCUGAGGUGCUUCCCGGCUUCACCUUGCCAGUCGCGGCAUCCACUGAACAUACCUACGUCUAGAUUCCCAGGCAGCUUGUGACGGAGAGCCUCGAGGAUUCCGCUUCAGGAGAAAGAGGGGCUUGCAUCCUGCGAAGCUGUUAAUGCCGGAUAAAGUUUACUGGCAGAAAGGCAGAGGGGAGAGGUUAAAGAAUCGACUGCACACCCUUCGAUAAACUUAUUGUGAAGUCCAUCUUGGCUGCCAGCAGAGAUGGGCACCUUGCGCGACCUGCAGUACGCACUCCAGGAGAAGAUUGAGGAGCUGCGCCAGCGGGACGCGCUCAUAGACGAGCUGGAACUGGAGCUCGACCAGAAAGACGAGCUUAUCCAGAGACUGCAGAACGAGCUGGACAAAUACCGCUCCGUUAUCAAACCGGCAACCCAGCAGGUCCACAAACAGACUGAGCUGCACGAGCAGCAGAGGACGAAGAGGCAGGCGAUUUCUGCUGAACCCACAGCCUUCGACAUCCAGGAUCUGAGCCAUGUCACCCUACCUUUCUACCACAAAAGCCCGCAGUCCAAGGAACUGAUCAAGGAGGCAAUCUUAGACAAUGACUUCAUGAAGAACCUUGAGCUGUCCCAAAUCCAGGAGAUUGUGGACUGCAUGUACCCAGUGGAGUAUGGCAAGGACAGCUGUAUCAUUAAGGAGGGCGAUGUGGGCUCACUGGUCUAUGUCAUGGAAGAUGGGAAGGUGGAGGUGACGAAGGAGAGUCUGAAGCUCUGCACCAUGGGCCCUGGGAAGGUGUUUGGAGAGCUGGCUAUUCUCUACAACUGCACCAGGACCGCCACUGUCAAGACUCUUACAAAUGUCAAGCUCUGGGCCAUCGACCGACAAUGCUUUCAAACCAUCAUGAUGAGAACGGGGCUCAUCAAACACACAGAGUACAUGGAGUUUCUGAAAAGCGUCCCCACUUUCCAUGGCCUGCAGGAGGAUAUUCUGAGCAAGCUAGCCGAUGUCCUUGAGGAGACACACUAUGAAGAUGGAGAGUACAUCAUCAGACAAGGGGCCAGAGGAGACACUUUCUUCAUCAUCAGUAAGGGAAAGGUCAAUGUGACCAGGGAGGAUGUUCCCAAUGGAGAACCUGUCUACCUGCGCAGCCUGGGGAAAGGAGACUGGUUUGGAGAGAAAGCCCUGCAAGGGGAGGACAUAAGGACCGCCAAUGUCAUCGCAGCAGAGACAGUCACCUGUCUAGUUAUCGACAGAGAUUCGUUCAAGCACCUGAUUGGAGGUUUGGAGGAUGUUUCCAGUAAGGGCCAUGAAGAUGCUGAUGCCAAAGCCAAGUAUGAAGCAGAGAAUGCAUUUUUCUUCAAUCUCAACCUAGCUGACUUCAACAUCAUUGACACCCUCGGGGUUGGUGGCUUUGGCCGUGUCGAGCUGGUUCAGCUGAAGAGCGAUGAGAAUAAAACCUUUGCGAUGAAGAUCCUGAAGAAGCGGCAUAUUGUUGACACAAGACAACAGGAGCACAUACGUUCAGAGAAGCUCAUCAUGCAGGAGGCCCACUCUGACUUCAUUGUGAGACUCUACAGAACGUUUAAGGACAGCAAGUACCUCUACAUGCUGAUGGAGGCCUGUCUAGGCGGAGAGCUGUGGACCAUUCUGCGAGACAGGGGUUCAUUUGAGGACUCAACCACCCGGUUCUACACGGCUUGUGUGGUGGAGGCCUUUGCGUACCUGCAUUCCAAAGGCAUCAUCUACAGAGACCUCAAACCAGAGAACCUUAUAUUGGACCACAGGGGCUACGCCAAGUUGGUGGAUUUUGGCUUUGCUAAGAAGAUUGGGUUUGGGAAAAAGACCUGGACCUUCUGUGGGACGCCGGAGUAUGUAGCACCAGAGAUCAUUCUGAACAAGGGCCACGACAUCUCAGCUGACUACUGGUCUCUAGGAAUCCUCAUGUUUGAACUCCUGACUGGCAGCCCCCCCUUCUCCGGCCCUGAUCCUAUGAAAACGUAUAACAUCAUCCUGAGGGGUAUCGACAUGAUCGAAUUUCCAAAGAAGAUUACCAAAAAUGCUGCCAACUUAAUCAAAAAACUAUGCAGGGAUAAUCCUUCUGAAAGACUGGGAAACUUGAAAAAUGGUGUCAAAGACAUCCAAAAGCACAAAUGGUUUGAAGGCUUUAACUGGGAGGGCUUAAAGAAAGGGACACUGACACCUCCUAUCAUCCCUAAUGUGACAUCAGCAACCGACACAAGUAACUUUGACAGCUUCCCAGAGGACAACGAGGACCCGCCUCCCGAUGACAACUCUGGCUGGGACACUGAUUUUUGAAGACCCUCCCACCCUCCCACCCCCUCAAAGUAAAAUGAACUCUUCUUUUUUGGCUUGGAGGCCAUCUUGAGGACAUAGCUGUGCUGCAAAAAAAAAAAAAAAAAGAAACUGCAUUAAAAUUGAGGACGAGGAUAUGGAGAUGAGGAUACAGGGAUGGACGGCAAACCCUUUGGGUCACCGAUAUGCCUUCACUUCACUGUGGCUCUGGAUCAAGCAUUUAUAACAGGACUGCUGUAGCACUUCUUCAGCGUUGUCUUUUACACUCAACUCACACGGCAAAGGCAAGAGAAAGUGCAGGGAUGCCCAAACACAAUAAAACGUGGAGAAAGAUAAUGGAGCCAGGUUUUCUUACUGAAUGUGCGAUAGUCUGUCUGUUCUAAAUAUUGGUCUAGAAUAAAUAAAUGUCAUGGUGGACUGCUCCAAAAGAAGGGGGAUGAGGAUUGCAUUUUCUUUUGCUGACUUUGUUGCUCUUCAGAUGUUGGUUUAACAGUUGGUGGAUUUGGGGAGAGUAUUAGAUGUUUCUGUAGUUGUCCCAUGGCAUUUGACGUGCAGCCGCGAGCUGCAGUGAUACUUUUCAUCAAGGGAAACAAGAUCUACAAACUAGGGUUUGCAAGCCAAACUGGUACCAAGUGCUCAAGACUAAUCUGAAUGUCGCUGAUUUUCCUCUUAUUUUUUUGAAACAUACAUAUGACCUACAUAUGGUACAUUCUCACAUGCACACACAAGGCUAAAAUCAAACACUUAGUACACUUUAUAUUAGAGUAAUUUACCUUAAAAAGCACAAACACCGUUAUGUGCGUUCAGCAGAGAAAAAAAAAAAUGACUCUUUCAAGUGCCCUGCUUAAAAUAUAAUCAAACACCUACACACAUAAAAUUACAAUUAUUAUUUUCGUCAAGCAAUGUGUCAUUAUGCAUUUAAGACCAUGAACUGAGAGAAUAUCAGCAAUUUUAGAGCUAACUUUAUUUUAAGCAUCAGUAGUUAAAUGAAAUCAAACCCGUCCAGCUGUUGUUGUUGUUUUUUUUCUCCAGUGGUAUCAGCUGCACACUGACAGACUAUAAUAUGCUUCAGAUCACAUGAAUGCAUCUCUGUCUCUUCAGUUCUUCAGUUUUGUUUUCAAGUCACCCAAAUGCCUCUUCCCAAUCAACCAAACCAGAAAUCCUCUGUUCGCUCUUGUAUAGUUUCGACAUAACUGUGAACAUGGUUUCGAUGUCUUUUGGUGCUGUUAUUGAUGACUUAUAAUAAGGACUGGUGAUGUGAGAGCGCUGGUUGUUGUUUUUGUAUAGUAAUUUCUGUGCUUGGUUACUUUGUAAUGCACUUGAUUUCCUUCUUCUGAAAAUUGGAUAAUUGUCAGUUUGUAAACUUGAGUGAAAAUUAUUUUAUAUCACUUGACACCUUGUUACAUUGUGCUAGGUGGUACUUUUCAGAGUUUUCCAUAGGUUUAACCAUGUUGCUCAGAAGGAAAAAAAAGUGCAUCCAUAAUAAAUUCACCACCCCCUACUUUUUGGAGGCAAAACUAACAUCAUUACAUCUUGACUUGACCUCAUUUUCAUCAUCAUCUUCAUUAUCUUAUGGCAUUCCCCAAACUGGUGGUGAAUGACAUAUACAACUUCACCCUCAAGCAUCAUGAUCUGUCAGUUCAUCAUCUCUCACAUCAUGUCCGAUAACCGAUAAUCAGAGCAUAAAAGCAGAAAUAUUGUAAGUGCCUUACGUCAAUGGCAUACAAAAUUAACAUCAAAAGACCUUUUCAAUGCUGCAUGAACAAAUAUACACCUCAAACCUAUGUGUCCUCUUAGACGGCUGCUUCUCAUCCUUUGUUCUAUCUAAUAAACACAUUAAUCACUAUGGAAAGAGAAUUUCUAGUCACUUAAUGGCUGACAAAGUGUCUAUGGAGCAAAUUCCCUGUUUACUUCUAUGAUUUGUCUCACUGGGACAGUUCUGUUUUGCAUAAAACGGCAUAUGAUAUCAAAACCUAAUCACAGCUGAUACGGCUGCAUCGACGUGCUUUUCUCUUAGACAUCCUAAUGGAAGUGAUUUUACCAAGUCAGUUUACAGUUGGCCUGACACAAAACACCAGAGCAUGGAGAAUCGUUGCUCACGAUGCCCAUCCAUUACCCCUUUUGUCAUGCAAGCUAAACAUUUACAGAUGGCAAGAAAUGGUUUGCAGUUUUGAGGGUAGAUAUGCCACCAAAUAUGAAGACAGUAUUCUUGUGUAUCACCAUUAAUGAUCUUUAAGGAUAUGGCUGAUCAUAUUAUAUCAUGAUCAACUGAAAUUCUCAUUUUAUUUCAGAUGAGAUUUUUAUCAGCUUAUUUGGUUUCAAGCUAAACUCAGCUCAACUCUAACCUAUUUCACACCAGAGAGCCAGCUAAACUUACAUACUUCAUAAAUUACUCCAUAAAUAUCACUACAUUGCCGGAGUGCUAAAACAGGAGGAAAAUCUUAUGUUCCAGGCGGGCCACAUAGAUUAUGCUGUGUCACGGUCAUGGCAGAUCGUUUUUUAUCACAAAGCCUUAUCCAUGUAAUCACUUUUCUUGUUUUGACUCAUUUGUUGAUCUCCUUCUGUAAUGUUACCUGAUAUUUGCCUUGUGUUAUGUGUUUCUGCUGUAAAUUAAUUUUGCAGAGUGCCUAGUGUAAAAUUUUUAAAAUUAUAGAGUAAAAAAAUACUUUUGA